AUGGCAGAACAAACACUGAACAUCCCGCAGCUCGUAGUCUUCCUACUCGUCUCCUACUUUGCAAUAAGAUGGUAUCUCAAGCCUAGUUCAGGAGACGCGCAGCCGGCCGGGGGUCGUAGAGCUCCGACGGUCACCGCUGCGCAGGUAGACCAGCUAGCACAGAUGUUUCCGCAGUUCGACCGGCGGCAGAUAGCGUGGGAUCUGACGCGGAAUGGGGGGAAUAUGGCGGCUACGACGGAAAGGGUUCUCAGCGGGAGCGGAUUGGAAACGCCCCCUGCCUCAUUCACGGCACCUCCAUCACAAUCUGCGUCUGCACGGCCGACGCCAACCAACGCACCAAAACCCUCACAACCUGAUCUGAUAACGCGGUACAACCUCGCUUCGAAACUGAACUCCACGUCCGAGAAUUCGUCGGAGGCGCCGCAGAAGACGAAGACAUGGUCGCAAGAUAAGAACGAGAGGCAGGCGAUGCUGCAGCGGAGACGGGAAGAAAUGAUUCUAACUGCAAGGAGAAAGAUGGAGGAGAAGCAGAAGGCGAAGUCAUAAGAGUGAAUGAAUAUGUUAAAACAUCGCAUCAGGGUUGGCAUUAUAGACUGGUCUGCGCAGCAAUACAUCAUGCCUAAUUAGCAGGAGAAACAGCUCAUCCAUUACUCCAGUUCACGUAUCAUUUUCAAGACCAGUUCCAACGCGUCCGGACCCCCCUUGUUCUCCAAUAAGCAAAUCGAAGGUACACAGCAUACGGCGUAAUACAGGACAGCAAAACCCAAAUCGAGGACACGGAUCAUCUAAGCUACAAACAUCCCUCCAAGAUAUCCCGCUACCAUCAAGC